AACCAACGCACUAACGUAUAGUCCUUAUUGCAGGUCUCUGCAGGAGGUGAGCCACGAAGUGAAGAACUGUGGACCAGGAGGAACACAGAAAAACAGUAGGAGGUCAGGAGAACAGGAGACCAGAGGAACAAAACUAGAACGACAGAACAGGAGAGAAAAAAACAUAAGGAGAACAGAAGAACCGGUUCUCAGAGAGGGAGACUGACAGAAGGAGAGAAUAAUCUCCGGGUGAAUCGAGGACCAGGAGAACAGGAGAACAGAACCGCCACCAUGAAGAACUGCUGGUCGCCCUGGUUCUACUACGACAACGUGAAGAGCGGCAGCAAAGCGUGCGCCGCCACCACCAUCUUCUUCAGCGUGUUCUCCAUCAUCUACAUCUGCUACUGCCUCGACGAAGGGGACUCCUCACAGUUCUUCCUGCCGCUGUUCGAGACCGACGUCGAUACCACCAUGAAGUCGGCGGGCGGCUUCAUGAUCUUCUUCUACCUACUGUACAUCAGCUUCUCCAUCCUCAUGAUCCGCGGAGUCGUGAAGGAUCACCGAGGCAUGAUUCUGCCGUGGCUCACCCAGAACCUCAUCUACAUCCUCAUGAUAAUUGCUUUCGCGCUGUGGCUCCAGUCGUCCUACUAUCAUUACCUGAUAUCGGUCUUGUGGACGCUGAUAUACUUGCUCUUCGCAGCUGCUCAUGUGUACAUGCACAGGUGCGUCAAGAGCCAGUACGACAUCAUCAAGAGCAUGCAAGCGCCCAACAUCGUGCAGUUGGUGUGAGUUCGCACGGACGGAUGGCGAUGUGACCAGCCGCAUGGAAGCUUGCCUCCGGGGCUCAGGUGGGCUACGCGGAGGAACUUCUGCAGGGGAACAGAGCAACACAAGAACAAGAGAACAGAUUCACCCGGCAAAGUCAUCGUCCUUGGUGGUUUCUUCCUGUCGGGAUUGUGCGUUGUUUUCGAAGUGUUUUCGCGGUGUAACUGUUUGUUGUUAGAGAGAGAGAGAGAGAGAGAGAGAGAGAGAGAGAGAGAGAGAGAGAGAGAGAGAGAGAGAGAGAGAUCGCACUUGUUAAAUCAAAUAAAGUGCUUAUGUUGUGAAGCGGCUGUUGUGAAACUUACAUUCCAGACGAAAAUAAGUGUAUAAUUAAAAGACACGAAAAGAGGAGAACUCAUUUUGUUUUUGAAAAUAAAUAAAGAAUAAGUAGAGCCCAAACACAAGUUGAGAUUAAAAAGGGGCCUGCGACAUCCGUGACAAGCACCAGGUAUUGCCGUCUUCAGGCGUCCCAGAAUAGCUUUAUUGAUGACCAGAUUACGCACAGCCUAAAGCGUCAUCUGGAGGAGGACAUGAUAACCUUACGAGAGUAAAUAGAAUCAUCGCAAAAUAGACAUUACAAACGAGAAGAAAAACGAAGCCGACCAAAUACAAGCCAGCUGAGUGUACGUCAACUUGCAACAACUCUUGCUUUCGGGAUACCAUUGUGCUGUGGUGGUGAUGUGGUUUUAAGGCGCUACACAUGCAAUACCAGGAAGGGUUGUGUCUCCAGGUGUACUGUUUAUUUUCUCUUCAGACAGCUUCAGUAGCAUGUCCCGUCCAAGCAAUUCUUUAUUAUUCGUCUCUUAUUCAUAUGCUUUUUGUCUUUGUCUUGAAUAUCUUCAAUAGAAUCUCAGGCUAAUUUUAACUUGUCGUCUUUCAGAAAAAAAAAUAUUCAUAAAUAACUGCUUACCCUGAAUGUCUACAAGUGAUACAAAACAGAUUCCGUCCUUAAGAAGUACGUCUGCAAAGCUCAGCCAAGAUGCCAAACGUCGAUAGCUCAACAAAUGUUUUUUGUUUUUCACUUUAAUAAUGCAUUUCGACAGUUCCUAGAAUGUUCCAGGUCGCCGUCUUGGUUCCCCGAAGACAUUCUACGGAACACUUCUCUGUUGGUAUUGUGCGACAGAAAGUGUAUUGUCCUAUUGUAUUUACGGCCAUUUGCUUAAACAAAGUGUGGCCUUCAUAAACAGGCUUCAUACACAUCGCUAUGUUUAGACACAGUUAUGAUUCCACAUUUGUGUAAUUAACUAAUAUGUUCUGUAUUAUCAGAACACAAGAUGACAUGCCAUAAUUAGUUUCAAAUAGAAACAAAUUGAAGAAUAUUAAUGAAUAAAUUUAACAUGUUUUAAAUGUUUGGUUGUUAUAUGAGAUAAACAUCAGGAAUGCAGCCGCAAAUAUAUAUCGAUACACCAUUUACUGUGGAAAUGCAUUUUAGUAUAAAUAUAUAUUGUGGAACACAGCAACUCAUUUGUAGGUCACAUAUAGGCUCACCAAUCUCAUUGUGUAAAGCACAUGUGGACACGAAAUUUGUGACGCCAGAAAUUCUGUUUAAGCAUACUGAAAACAAUGUGAUAUUCGUAAAUGUAUAAUGCCACAUAUCUUGUUCGAGCAUAUGGCCGGUUGAAUGGCACUGUAUAAUUUUAUAUUUAAGAUUCUAUUUGUAGUAUGUUAUUUUUAUAUAUAGAUUGAUAAUAACAAAUUCGACGUUAGAAUGAUAAAAUAUUACGUAUUUUAAUAUGUAGACAUUUUAUUCUUCCCUUGUCUAUAAGUGAUAUUCUUUUAUCAUACAUUUAAAGAAUGAAAUUAUAUAUGCUGUGAUUUGUAAGAGGAUUUUAGAAUUUACGACUACAAUUGGCCAAAGGCAUUAAACAGAAACUCACUUCUUUGAUACAUAUUGUUCAGUCCAAAAAGUUAAUUGAAUAGUAUUCUUAAAUAAUUCGUUAAUUGAAUAGUAUUCUUAAAUAAUUCGUAUUUCAAACCGAUAACGUUGAGCUUUAACCAGUAAUGAAGGGAUGUAAAGAAUUCCUGUUUUUUCAAUGUACUUAACGAGAUUUGAAAAGAUUAUCGCAUUUCUAAUAAAACUAAUUCAAUUUUUUGUCUCUCCUAUUGUGACUUCAUUUGUUUUCUAUACUUAACGUAUGCUUAGAUACGUACAAAUGGUCAACCAAUGAUGUUAAAAUGCCGUCCAAAGAUCUGUACACAAUUAUCUAGGAAAAAUAUAGUUUAAUACAUGACUAA